UAGUGAAAAUUAAUAAAGCCGAAGUUGGGUGGCUAACUUCACAGAGGUCUAUAAGGUCUAUGGCUUGAAACGAGUUGGCCACACUGGUAAUUUGGCAACUCUGAUCCAAUGGCCAAGUGUUGUUCAUUUUAGAACGCUUAUAGGUAUGAAUGGAUUUUUCAUGGAAUACGCAAUGGGAGAUAUUUAAUCAAAUAGAUACAUAAUUGCUAACCUAUUUCCAACUAGCAAAAACUUUCCAACUAUGAGGCUUGUGUAUACUCGGACAAUUCGGCACGUGUAACAGAUAAGAGUUCUUGCUCAAUCGACGAGUCAGUCAGAUUUUUUUGCAAGAAAUAAUAUUAUUCCUGAAAUAAAGCAAUUUUGUACACUUUAGAUGAAAAAACUACAUGCUAAAAGGGAAUCUAAGAAUCUAACCCAGUUCUAUUUGUGAUUUAUGUUACGAAAAUCUGUUAUAUCGCUUGGUUGUAUUAUUCUUUACAUUAAGGAAUAGAAAUUCUAAAGAGAGAUAACUAGUGUCAACUAUAUACGAGAGUAUUUAUCCAGUACAAUGGAUUACGAUAAGUAUUAUAAAAAAGAUAUUGAUGGGAAUUACAAUCUACAUUGUAAGACCAUUAGUAAUCUUACUGAUGAUCAGUUAAAGACUAUAUUUUCAUCCUACGGAAGAGUUUUAAGUUUUAAUGUUACCAAAGAUGAAAAUGGAUUUAAAUUUGUUAAAUAUAAAACCCUUAAAGAAACAUUGAAUUGUUUGAAAGGUUUAGAAGACAGCACUGAGAUAAAGAUAUUGCCAGAAAAGAGCAAAAUAAAUAGAGUGGAUAAGAGAGACUCAAGUCAACAACAGGCAGGAAGAUCAGGAAACUCAUUUAAAAAAGCAUCUAAUGACAAACCAUUGAAUUCGAAUUCUAUUCAUAGCAAAAGCUUGUCAAAUGCAGAAAGUUUGACUCGUAUAAGAAUUUCUGAUGAAAAUAAUGAAUCUGAUUUUUCAAAAAAUUUUAUGCAUGGUCAUAAAUUUAAUCAAAGUUUAACUAAAGACAACGAAUUAGAUUCAGCAAAAUUUGAUAAAAAAUCUUCAUUACCUUCAAGACAAACUUUCAUGAAGAAUGAACGUUCUGAUACAACAGUAGAUUAUGAAAAAUAUUAUAAGAUAACAAAAGAUGGGACUUAUAGUGUACAUUUUGUAAAUAAAAAAGGACUUUCUUCAGAAGAAAUAAAAGAUAUAUUUUCGUGUUAUGGAGAUGUUUUAUCUAUACGUGGUAGAGAAGAAAAUGAUAAUGGACUAAAAUUUAUAACGUAUGCAACAAAGGAGGAAGUAAUUAGAUGUUUAAAAGGUUUACAAAAUAGUAAUGUGAUAACUAUAUUACCACAAAAGGAUAAACUUGAACAAUUGAGUGAAACAAAAGCAACUGAUAAAAAAAGUUCAAAUCAAUGGCAAUCAACAAGGACAGAAGAUAUUUCACAAAGGACUAACAAUGACAAGCAAUUUAAUUCAAACUUGAGUUAUAAUGAAAAGUUUUCAGGAAAUGGAGAAAAGCUCACUCACAAUGCAAAAACUUUUGAUUGGGAUAAAUUUGAAGAUAACAUUUCAGGCACUGAUUAUGUUUCAAGACAGAACUAUAAAUCUAAUGAAAAUAUAAAUAAACAUAAGAACAUAGAUCUAUUUAAUGAAAAAUACUCAUUUUCAAGACAAAAAAAUCCCAUAAAUGAAUAUGAUCAAGAGAGAAAGACAAUGAGAAAGAAACAAGAAUCUAAAUUUUAUCCUUCAAGAAAGACCGAGACAGACACUGAAAUGAAUGGAGAUUUAACAAUUAGCACACAUGAUUAUAAAAUACCAGCAUUAAUUUCUGAAGAAAUAAAACCAAAAGAAUCUGAUACUGUAUCGGAUGGUUCAUUGUCAAAUGGGACUAAGAAUUUCUCAUCUAGAUUCAAUUUCAUUCCGAUGCAAGAGUUAAUUGUUGCUAACAUUCAUAUGAACUAUGGCAUCCAUUAUAUUUUACAUUUGUUUGAGAAAUAUAGUCCGAUUUCAGCAACGCUUAUAAAGACUAAUGAGAAAACUAAUGUACGAUAUUGUCACGUAUACUUUAAGACUAUACAAGAUGCCGACGCUGUUGAAGAAGAAUUUGAUAAUUUUAAUUUAUCUGGAAAAAAUCUUAUUGUUUUGCGAAAAUCGCGAUUGAUAGAUGAAACGCUGUAAAUAUUUUUUUUCUCUAAUGUAUGACGAACUUUAACUUUUUUUCUACUUUAAAAGUAAUAACUAUUUUUACAAUCAGAUUACUUAGUUUGUGAAAAUUUUUGAUAUAACAUAUAUAAUUUGCUAAAACAUGAUAGAACAUUUUAUCACUAAAGUAAAAGAUUGUGUGAAAUCAAAAUUUAUUUUUAUAUCUGUCUUUAAUAAAAGAUAAAUCUUGUGUGUC